UGGGCGUGACUCAUCCCAAUCCGGAAGUGUCCGUCUCCCUUGAAUCUAUGGUCCACAUCGUUCUGUUGGAACAAGGAGUGGAAAAGUGACGCUUUAUUUUUUCUCUUCAUGACAGCUCGUCUGCGUUCUUCUCGGCGCGAUGUUCUCAAAGAGGUUGAUGUCAUGUCUCCGAUCUUCCGCGUCCCUGGCGAGCAAAAGACUAAUGUGCUCGGCGGUGAAGAAGGGAUGUGCACCUGAUAUGGCCGAAGGAAAUCCUCUGUUGCACGUGUCAAACGUGCGGAACAGGCUGAGAGAAAUUGUGGGAGCUUCCACCAACUGGAGCGACCACCAGCAGGCCAUGGCGGAACGCGUCUCGCUGUCGUCCAAGUUGGCCCGUUCCCAAAGUGAGCUUCCCGCCAAGAGUAUGAAGGACAGCCUCCUGGAGGUCCACCUCCCUCUAGGUUCCGAGCCGCAGCUGCGAGAGAAAUACCUCACCUUCCAUAACACCGUCAGGUUUGGACGCAUCCUGGAGGACUUGGACAGUUUGGCAGUGCUCAUUUCGUACUCGCACACGUACAAUCCUGCCCUGAAGAGGUCGCCAUUGUCCAUUGUCACCGCCCUUGUGGACAAAAUCGACAUGAGGCAGCAGGUGAUCUAUCCGGACUGCGACAUCAAGUUCACGGGUCACGUGACCUGGGUGGGGAAGACCUCCAUUGAAGCCAAGAUGUAUAUGACCCAGUAUCGCAACGGAGCGUAUGCACCGGUUCUGGAUGCCACCUUUGUGAUGGUGGCACGCGACCCAGAGAACAAGAGAGCCGCCUUUGUAAAUCCUCUCAGUCCAAAAGCUCCAGAAGAGGAGGAACUCCUCAUGCAGGGAGAAGCUAACAAGUCCCGUCGGGUGGAGCUGAGCACAGCCUCCCUUUUGAAAGUGGCGCCCACGGCCGAGGAAAGGAAAAUCGUUCAUGGCCUCUUUCUCAACACGCUGGACACCAAGACGGUGAGCUUCCGCAGUCGGGUGUUGCCUCCCAACUCGGUAUGGAUGGAAGACGCGAAGCUGAAAGGAUUGGAGAUCUGCCACCCGCAGGAAAGGAACAUCUUCAACAGGAUUUUUGGAGGUUUCCUGAUGAGGAAGGCUUAUGAGCUGGGCUGGGCCAACGCCUGCUCCUUCGGGGGGUGUCGUCCCAGUCUGUUGGCCGUUGACGACAUUCUCUUCCGGAAGCCCGUGGAGAUCGGAUCCCUGCUGCUGCUCUCGUCGCAGGUAUGUUACACGGAGGGCAAGCACAUCCAAGUCCGAGUCCACAGCGAAGUCUUCGACCCGCUGACCCGCCAGCAUAACACUACCAACGUCUUCCACUUCACCUUCGCGUCAGACCGCGACGUCCCCAACAUUGUCCCUCAGACGUACGGAGAGUCCAUGUUGUAUCUGGAUGGGAAGCGUCACUUCAACCAAACAGUGGAAUCAAAUUGACGGGCAAGGUGCUGAAGCGUACGUGUGUGUCUCUUUGCUAUCCAAGACGCACACGCAUCAUGAUCACGUGUGUGUGUUACUUUUCGUGAUGUUUACAAGUCCGUCCCAAUGGGAACAUGUUUGACAUCUAUUUUGUUAUGUUCCUUUUCUUUUGGACCAGUCAGCGUGGACUCCACAGCUCAUCCACAGUAAGAUAGUUGUCAUACUUUAUCAUCUCCUGGGUGACUCUAAGCACUGCUUGAAUGUUAUAUGUAAUAUUUGGACUCUGUUACUCUCCUCAGUUACAUACUUCAUUCUGCCGGCGAAUUAUUUUUUUUCUUGGCCUUAUGAUGCAAUAAAUUGAUUUUUAUUUC